UUAAGCAUUACCACGUAGAGAUUUUGCAAACCACCCUUACUGAAGGUGUUCCUGAAAUCUGAGGUCAGUAUCAACGGAAACCGUUACCUGUGCUAGAUCGAUACAGGAUCCAAGAGUUCGAUAGAAUGAAUUUGUGAUUUGUUUGGUGUUGGAAAAAGUUUCAGAAUGGUAUCUGGUUUUCGAAAGUCGAAUCAUGUGGUUGAUCCACGAGAGCCGCAAGAUAAUAGUGAACCUGGAUCUAGUGGAGAUAAUGGAGAAACGACAGAUGGAGAAAUAGACCAAAAAUGUAUAGAAUCAUUACAUAUAUCAUCACCCCCCUCAGAAAAGAAAAAGUUACUGUUCAAACAAUGCAGUCUAAGAGGUAGAGACAAAUGCAAUAUUCCGCUUCUGGAAAGUCUUCUUUUGGAAAUUGGCCCUAAUGUUCAGAACGAAUUGGGGGAAACCCCUCUUGGAGUGGCGUUAAAAAAACUGCCAAAAGACAUCAAUUAUGAAGUUUUUGAAACUAUUAUGAAAUGUGGAGGUGAUGGAAUGUUCCAGUACAAAAAAGACAGGGGCGUAUUGGCUGAUGUUCUCUUUUAUUUCGGUGAUAGAAGAACCAUAACAGCUUAUUUACCAUAUCACAAACAGACUGAUGCUGUCUUGAACAGGAGGUUGGAAACAGCUUUGCAUACCUUAGUCUUUCGGCAAGAAACAAGGUUGGUGAAACAAAUUCUAAAAAUGAAGGCCAGUCCAGAUAAACGAGACAUUGAGGGAAAAACUCCCUUACACUUAGCUGUUGCACAAGGAUCCCCAAAAAUUGCAGAAUACCUCAUAAAAUUCGGUGCUGACGUCAACGCUCAAUGCAAUGAAGGCUCAACACCCCUUCAUUAUGCUUGCGGAAGAAUCGAUAAAGGUUGUAUCGAUGUACUGCUAAGGAACAAUUGCGACGUGAAUGUUCAAGAUAAGAAGGGGCAUACCCCUUUGUUUUAUAUCAUAAAACAUCCCUGCAAUAAAGAUAAUGUGCUGAUGAAGCUGCUAAAUGCUGGUUGCAGAAUAGAAGAUUCCGCGAAGGAAUUCAAACCCCUACACGAGCUAGCCACAGAGAGUAUUUUCGGCGACAAUGCUGCAAAAUAUGCUAAAAUACUGAUAAGCAGGGGAUUCGAUGUCAAUGAGAGAGAUUCAAAGGAAUGUACAGCUCUACAUCAGGCAGCUCGUUUUGGUACUGAGACAUUUAUAGUUUGCCUCUUCGAGAACGGUGCUGAUGUUAACAUGCUCAACUCCAUGGCUCAAACCCCACUGGACAUAGCCCUACGAUACCGGCAGUAUCCUCAUGUCGUCGAAAUCAUGAAAAAUAUUGCUCUGAACAAAUUCACAAACGGAAACGUUCAUAAGGAACUCAUAGAACAGAUUGAACUCAGCGUACACCUCAUAUUUCUACAUGCCAAACUUUUGACAGAGCUUCACAUACUUUCCGCCGAGAAAAACCCUGUCAGUUAUUUAGACAUCUAUUUUGCUGAUAGAUCCACAUUGGAGGAGUACACGAAAAACCAGAAAAUAGUCCGACACGUCCGGGAUCUAGAGCCCUCAGUUUUUCCAUUUUACGGAAGGUACAUCAGACAGAAAUUCGAUGCAGUUCUGGAAAGAAGGAAGGCUGUUGAGUUUGGAACCCAGUAUUUGGUUGAAUCUUUUUGUAAUAGGUUGCCGUAUCUUUGCGUUAUAAAUAUAAUUCAAUGUUUAUCCACGGAAGAUAUUUGGGUCUGGAGAGAUUUGAUCGAGAGUUGAGUAUUUGCUUUGUGAUUUUCAAUUAGGCUUGUUGGAUUUGUUUCGUGAAAUAUUAUUUUAAAAUCUUUCAUUGCCGAACGAAGAGUUUUAUGAUGUUUGUACAUACAAACAAGCGGAAAAAGAGUCCAUUUCGAAGAUACUAAGAUUUCUCAGUUUCUUGGUUAUGGGUACUUGUCCAUAAAUAUCAAUGAAAACAUAAUAUGUCUUCCCUCCAUUGAAUUAACGGGUGUAUUCUUAUAAGGCUGUGCUAGAAAUAAGAUUUUCAUGUAACAGAUAUUUUGACUGAUAUAAUAUUUUUAGAUAGAUCGAUUAUUAUUUCGGUAUUUGUCCGAAUCAAUAAAAUAAAGAAUUUUAUAC